CUCUCCUGCUCUGUGUUAAUGAAGUAUUGUACGCGUCCACUGAGCAGGAAACGCGGGCCCGGCUGUUGCAGAGCGUCUUUUUCAGCAAUAUUUCUGACCGGGUUUGUUUGGUUUUAAGAUGUCUAACUGGGUGAAGGUUACUCGAGGUCAGGGCCACAAGCCGGCUGCAAGUGCAGGGAACCGCCAUGGUCCUGGGAAGAUUCCAUUCCUAUUGAAUAGCAUCAAGCCCUACAAACCCUACAGAAUGAGCCCAUAUCCAGUGCGAGAUGAAAGGAAGGAUGCUUACAAUGACGACACACGCAAUUUUGAAGAGUUACUGGACCAACAGUAUGACUGUUCAUCUAGGACUGAGGACUACUAUGAAAGAUACCAGUGCUCCCAGAAUGCACCCAGCAAGAAUUACACUCAGGCUGACAGGCGCAGCUCAUUCUAUCAGCAAUUCUACAAACAGAUUCAGGACGAGUAUGACAAACAGAGGCCAGCGGACUGUGUCAUUUUGUCUGUGACGAAGCAACAAACGGAUUAUGCAAAAUCGAUAGGCCACCGUUUGCAGAAGCGAGGCCUUGUGGUGGAAAUGAUAUACCUGCACUCGGAAUCAGGUCUCACCCGCGCCCUUCAGGAUGUCCGAAAUGACGGUUCCCCCUUUUGUAUUCUCGUCGAGCACUCAAAUGUAGCGCUUUCCUCUUGCACCGUAAUCAUAUUUUACGAGUCUCUCAAAAUUCAUCGCAACAUGCCCUCGGAGCGCGCCAUGGACUUUGUGGCUGCGGAGCACGGGUGCGUGCAGGCUGAGCGCUCGGAGAAGGAGCGUGAGGAAAUCUCCGUGAAGGCAGCGGAUCUAGCGGACGACUAUCUGGAGCGUGAGAACUGCGACAAGCACAGCCUUCCCCUGAGCACUCGCCACCUCCUCUUCCUGAUGAGCGAAGGGAAGCACUUGUACCUGGAAGAGCUGAACACCAUCGAGGAGUACGUGAGGACGAGGAAAGAGGAACUCGAAGCUGUGCCAACAGAAAGUGAUAAUGGAUUCAACCCUGGAAUGAGGAAACCAGCUCUCGGCAGCCUGAGCAAACCACCUCCCCUUCUCCCGACGCCCGGUAGACCACCGCUCCUGGAGCACCCCUCCCAUUCCCAGGCAAAGCCAGUCCUUCUGGGGGACCGAGCACUGGGACCCUUGCUCCCAACCCCAGGUUCAUACCCCAAAUCCAAGCCCCCACCCCUGCUGUCUAUGCACUCGCGACCCACCCACGGCCACGGCCCCUUAGCACCCUCAAAGCGUCUCUUACUGGGCGAUAAACCCGGCCUUCUGCCUACCCCAGGUGGUCCAUCCAGACCCAAUCCGCAGCGCCGUAACCAAUAGUAGAAGCACAUACACCUGGAAAUUGCCAAAAUCAUCACUGCUGCAGUGGAAGCAAAGUGUUACAAAAGUGUCACAAUUGCGCAGUACUUGUACAUUCCAGGCUCGAUGGAAUCGUUGCAAUCCUUUUGUUACAGUGGAGGCCCCUUUUUAGUCUUCUUUAAUAGUGUUGACAGUGUUUGUUCAUUAGAAGUGUAACUGGUUUUUAUUUUUUGUAUUGCUAUUUACUUUGUCCUGGAUUUCUUUUUUUUAAUUUUUUUUUAAUCACACUUGUGUAAAAACACUAUUUUCCUCCUGCCUUUGGUUUAGUAAAACAAGCCUGUUUUCACAGAGCAUACAAAAAAUGUGUAUUCUGGGAUCUGCCCUUUUCUACAACAAAAAGGCAGAGAAUCCAAGUUGAAAUGGCAGCUCGCUGAAUAUUCUGUAGGACAAGUUGUAAAAUGGAUCUUCGUGAAGCAUGUAUUGAAGUUGGGGCUUCAAGUUCACAGAACCAGAUUUCAUGGAGAAGUCUGGGUGAAAAUGCAUUUUUGUUGAGGUUUUUUAACGGUGCGGUUCACUGGUUGUCUUUGAUUGGUGAGGUGCUUGUGGGUCUUUCAGACCUCCUAACUAGUUCCAUCUGAUUAUAUAAAGCACUCCUCCAUGCAUAAAAAUAACAAAAGGGGGGGAGACCUAAUUUUUAGGUGUUGGUUCUAUAAAAAGCCAUGUGUCUUAACACCCAUAGUCUUCCCCCAGACCUAAUUUUCAAUGCAUAGGUUUAAUGUAUAGUUUGCAAAGUUAACUAGUUCUGUGUGGCCAGAAGGGGGUGUAGUUUUUCAAAAUUUCAGUGACAACCACCACCUUUUCAAGUAACACUAUUCAUUGUAAAUUCAAAUUUCAAUGGAAGGAAACAAAUACUAGAGAGGAUUGAGAAGAUAACAAAUGAAAUAUCUCUAUAAUAAUCUGUAAUUUAACACUUCUGUAACCCCAGAUUUCACAAAGGUGCCAGGAACUCAAACAUAUUCUCAUAUAAAUUGUAUGAAUUUUCCUGCAGUUUAAAGUUUUUAAUUGCUUUUUGCUGUUCUUAUACAACAGACUGGUGAAUGUAUUCCCCAUCACAGUAACACACAUUUACACACGACUUACAAAGACACCGUACUGCACUUGGUACACUUCAGUCUGGGCAUCUCUUAUAAAUAAUGAUUAAUACAGAACACCUAUAUGUUUUGUUAUAAGAGGUGUUUAUGGACAAGGGGUUAUUCCAAAAGGAGGAGAAUCCUGUCUCCUGUGAUCCUGGUGGAGCAGUGUCCAACUCAGAAAACAGCACAGGGAUUCAAAUUUUCAAACAAAAAUAGAAAACGCCACUAAAGCAUUUGUUAAUGAAAACAAAAAUUCAUAUGUGGUUUACAUUUGUAAAUUAAACUUUCUCUUUCUGGGAAAAUCCCUAAUUCCUACCUUAAUCCUGUGCUAAUUUCAGCCUUUCCUAACAUAUCCUCUGCAACGAAAGAGUUUUACUUGAAUUAAUUUGCAUCUGACCAGAGAUUAGCACUAAUAAUUGCUCCCAGGCUCGAGAAUGUCAGGGUCUUCUGAAUGUUAAGGGCAAGAAAAGAUUUGUCUCCCCAUUAUAUCUGUGACAAGCCCUACCUAAGUAUGUCACACUUUAUAACACGUCACUCAGUAAUUCAGAUGCAGUUACUUGUGAACCAACAUGUCUGACUGAAUUCAGACUGAAUGAAUUUGAAAGAAGACAUCAAUGCGGUUCAUGAAACGGUCCACGCUUGCUUACAUUGGUAACACUUCUAAAUAAGUGACUGCUAAUGCAUAAUGAUGCAUUGGUGUUCGGUUUAGGGUUUAAAAUAAGACAUGUUUAAAAAAACCACUAAAGGAAUUUUGUAACUAGAGGUCAACAUUGUCAACUCCUUUAAGUAUUUAAAAAACCUCUCCCCUAAACCUUCUGGUAUGCAACAAUACAGCUUCUGAUACGCGAACCAACGUAAUAUUGGUAUGCAAUAAUACAGCUUCAAGUAUGCAGUAAUACAGCUUCUGGUAUGCAGUAAUACAGCUGUAUUAUUGACCCUUAAAGCAUUUAUUGUCAUUACUGAUUCAAACUGGAGCAAAAAGCUUAAUACAUCAGUCAGCUUUAUUUAAAUAGAUGUUACGCCUGACAUUUACAAGAAAAAAAAGCUUUUGAAAGUGCUGUGCAUGUAUUUAAUGUUAAAAGUUUCACUGAGGUAAGCUGCCCAAUUACACAAAGUGUUCCAUUAGCUCCUAGGUGACAAGCGCAUUGUGGUUUGUACAGUGGUAUACCUUACUGAUGCUGGAUCUCCUAGAAUUGAUCUGCAGCUGUGGAGAACUCAUCAGGAUACUGUGUAGUAAGGGCUGCUUCUGCUUGUGCUGCAUUUAUUCAACAACCCUUUUAAAAAACUGAAAACUGAAACACAAAAUGUAAAGGCAUGUCUAAAGGCCUUGUCUAUCAUUUCAAUGCAUUCAUCAGAAGUGGCCUUAAUGUACAAUCCAUGUUGAAUAUUCCAAUGGUUUUUUUUUCUGUUGAUACUCCUUUGAAUAAUGUACAAUCCAUGUUGAAUAUUCCAAUGGUUUUCUGUUGAUACUCCUUUGAAUAAUGUACAAUCCAUGUUGAAUAUUCCAAUGGUUUUCUGUUGAUACUUCUUUGAAUAAUGUACAAUCCAUGUUGAAUAUUCCAAUGGUUUUAUGUUGAUACUCCUUUGAAUAAUGGCUGUGAAAUAACACUGAAGAGAAGUUCCAUAGGCGGCACACUGGCUUAGCUGAUGAAGACUUUAUGUAUUUUUAGUGUCAAUAUAGUACAAAUAUCAGACUAUUCAAACAAUGGGUGCAAUCUGUGGCAAAAACAACAAUAUUCGUAUUUGUUCAUAUAACAUAUUUUUUUUAUAAAUUGCUGGAUUAAAAAGAUAUCAUGCAAACAAAAGCAAUGCAUGAAUGGCAUCUAACAUAAAUAAAUGAGCCACAUUCUACUGUGCA